AACCUUUCCAAUUUUAAAAAUCGAUUAGGUCCGCGCGAUGAGUUGGACUGGCGUGACGUCACGAUGGAAGCCGAGCAAAUUGUAGGCUACCCCACAUCGUUUCUGAAUCUGCGCUGGCUGCUAAAUGACGAGAUUGCUAACACUGCUAUACAUUUGAGGAAAUUGGUCGGCACCAACCACCCCUUACUCAAAUCUGCCAAAAAUCUGUUGAUCGGAUCCAAAAGCAACCUCCAAUCUGUUGGCCUGGUCAUUCUGCUGGUCUCUAAAGCCGCUGGCUUCGACAGUAGCAAGUACACUGGCGAUUAUCAUGACUCAGGAGUCCUACACUCACAACGAGCCCUCGCUGAGAUAGUAGAGAUGAAGAGAACGGGCCACUUGAUACAUAAAACAAUGGCUAAUCUUCAGGAUAAAGAAAAAUGCGGUGAGAAGUAUAAGGACUUGCUGUAUGGAAACAAGAUUGUGUUACUCACUGGCGAUUACCUCUUAGCCAAGUGUCUACAGCAUCUGGGUGGAUUGAGGAACAAUGACGUCACGGAGCUCAUCUCGACUGGUUUAAGGGAUCUAGUGGAAGGCGACUUUAUUGGAGACCAUGAUGACGAUCAUAAGCCCUUACCGAGUAAGCCUAAAGCCACCAAUGAAGUAAUCAGAAACUACCUUUGGGAGUGCGAGGACAACUUAGCCAAACUGGGAUCCAACACCUUUCUGGGUCAAGGCAAAGACGAAUGGCUCUUACGAACUAUGCUCACAUCUGGCAGCUUACUUGGCAAGGGUUGCCAGGGCGCUAUGAAACUCGCGUUCAAGGGAGAGCAGUUCGAACGGGACGCGUACAAGCUGGGUGGACAUUUAGCCAUCAUGUGGCAACUCUACCUCGACAUAAAGGACUUCUUUACUCACCCAUAUUCAUACUCCUUGGUGGGCGCGCCAGUGAUUAUAGCUAUGUGGGAGUAUCCGUCUCUAUAUGGUCACAUAUGGUCAGCAUCAGUUGAGAAACGACCCAUAGAGUACAAGCAGUUGUAUUACGCGGUAAGAGGCACCAGAUCUAUGGAUUAUAUAACGACGUUUCUAGACGAGGAGCUAGCUGCAGUCCUGAAGUAUAGCGACAAAUUUCCAGUGGAAGAUGCGAAGUUAGCGCUCCAAAAAAUGGCGUUGACCAUACAUGGAGAAACGUUGCAAUAUAUGGAGAAAUAA